GACUGGUUUCAUCAACUUUCUUCUUCUUCUUCUAGAGCAACAUCAAGAUACCCAUCCCCAUCCAAGAGGAAAUCGAUUCUUGACGCCUCCCCCUUUAUCCUCCUCCCUUUUCCUCACCCACGAGAGGUCCAUCCAUCACUCUGGAUACCAUCACCACAAUGGCCACCACCGAGCACACCGAGCAGCUCCACGAGAAGCACAACGGCAUGAACGGCAACUAUGACCCCGAGGCCCAGCGCAUGGAUGCCCUCAAGCAGUUCCGCUCUGCCGCCAGCGUCCAGAUGAGCCCUGAGCUGUUCGAGAAGCUCUACCUCUCCCCCAUGAAUGAGGUCAAGGGAAACCUUCGACAGACCUUUGGCAACCCUACUCCCAUCGCCCUUGUUGGCUUCCUUCUCGCCUUCACUCCCCUGACCUGCUGUCUCAUGGGCUGGCGAGGCGCCGGCGGCAGCGGUGCUUCCGACAACGCCGUCUACGUCUUCAUGGGUGGUCUCCUCAUGCUCGUCGGCGGUAUCCUCGAGUGGGUUCUCGGAAACAGCUUCCCCGCCUGCGUCUUCUGCUCCUUCGGUGGCUUCUGGUUCUCCUACGGCGGUACCCUCAUCCCUGCCUUUGGCACCUACGCCGCGUAUGCCCCCGCCGAUGCUGAGUCUGCCGCCGAGGGUCUCACCACCACGGGCUUCAACGCUAGUCUCGGUUUCUGGCUGCUGUUCAUGGGUGUCUUGACCUUUGUCUUCCUCAUCUGCUCGCUCCGCACCAACCUUGUCUUUGUCGCCAUCUUCUUCAGCCUGUGGUUCUGCUUCAUGCUCCUGACUGCUGCUUUCUGGACUCUGGCUCAGGACUUUACUGGCAAGGCCAAGCUUGCUCAGAAGCUGACUAUUGCUGGUGGUGCUUGUGGUUUCGUCACCUGCAUGUCUGGCUGGUACAUCCUCAUCGCCGUCCUCUUCGCCAUCGUCGACUUCCCCAUCCAGAUCCCCGUCGGUGACCUGUCUACCGUCAUCAAGGGCAAGAGCGAGAAGGAGCGCCAGGCUUAAUUCCACUACACUCUGAAGAAGAUGAAAAGGAGGUGAAGGGAGGCUCAACGAGAGCCUGUUUCCUUGUGGCGUUGUCGAAGGCGUUGCUCCAGUCAACGGUUGGAUUGGGUGGUUUAUUGUUGGAAUCUCGGGCCUCUUGGGGAAAUAAGAGGCAUUAGCGAGCUUCUGUUUGAACUAUAUUUGAUUAUCGGAUACUUGGUAUUGACCAAUGUAGCUUUUACUUGCAGCGGACAAAAUCUAGUCGACAUC